AUGAUAGGUGAAGAUGUCAAACCAUUUACUCCUGGGAAAGCCAAGGAAAUUGUGAUGUCUCUACAGCGACCUGCAGUCUUCUGUAACAUGGUUGGCGACUGGCCAGCCCUGCACUGGAAUGCGAAAUACCUUUCUGCGGUGUUGGAUGGGAAGACGAUCCAGUUUAGGCUAGGUCUGAAGACGGUGGAUUUAGUUCCCCAGUUUGAAACCAGGUGUAGCUACGUGAAGGCUACACUUGAAGAGUUUUUGGCUUGGAGUUGUGGGCAGCCUUCUUGUCUCUCUGGACCAUUCAGUUGUUACGAGUACUCCAAAUAUUGGGCUUACGCUGACUACAAAUACAUUGCCAGGAUAUUUGAAGACAAGCCAGAAAUUUUCCAGGAUAUAAGGUGGUCUGACUUUGGUUUUCCUGGAAGAAGUGGAAAAGAGAGCACACUGUGGAUUGGUUCUGAAGGAGCAAACACCCCCUGCCAUUUGGACUCCUAUGGCUGCAACUUAGUGUUGCAAGUACAAGGAAGGAAGAGAUGGCACCUCUUCCCACCUGGUGACACCAGUUUCCUUUAUCCCACGAGGAUCCCUUAUGAGGAAUCCAGCAUAUUCAGCAAAGUCAACGUUGCCAACCCUGAUCUGAAACGCUUUCCCAAGUUUAGGAAUGCAACAGCCCAUGUGGUUACACUCAGUCCAGGACAGGUCCUGCUUGUUCCAAGGCACUGGUGGCACUAUGUGGAAUCCAUUGACCCCAUCACCAUCAGCAUAAACUCUUGGAUUGAACUGGAUGCAGAUCAUGAAGCCCGUGUAGAAGAAGCAAUAACUCGAAUGCUGGUAUGUGCCGUAAAAUCAGCAGAAAAUCCCGGUGAUGGAGAUCUCUGGCUAAAUCCCACAGAGGUUGAGGCAACAUCCCAUGAAAUCAAUCUACAGUACCUGAAUAAAGCAGUGUCUGCAUAUUUCAGUUGCCAAAAGGCAAGUGUGUCAGAGCAGGCACGUCCCAGCAGCACUGGUGCAGAGCAAAGGACAAGCGCCUCACGCAAGAGGAAGAAAAAGAAAGUUGGCUGUGAACCAGAGGGCUGCAGAUUACUAACCCAUGAAUUUGGCUUUUCAACAUUUAAAGCAGAAAAGUUGCAGAAAAUACCUUUUGGGCCUCAUCUUAUUGAAGUUUUACCACAGUCUCAAGAAACAAGCUCGAUGGGUGCAGUUGCAGUUGGAAGUGACAGUAGAGAUCCCCAUGAAAAUGAAGGAGGACAUUUUGGAAAGUUACACUGCACCAGGAAGCAAUUGGUAAUGAGUAAUGACUGUGAAACGCCUGCACAUCAAAUGGAUUCAGACAGCAGUCCAAACGCCUCGCAAACAGCCCUUUCUACCAAUGAUUUGCUAGACUGUUUGGUUAAUCCGCAUGUCAUCAGUUUAGUGGCUCAGCUGCUGUUGGAGAGAACAAGAGUUUAGUGACAGAGUGCUUUAUCAUUUCUGAAAUAAAUCAAAUGGCAGCCUUAUUCUGGGUGUUUAAGCUCAGUAAUAAUUGAAUGUUUCAUUUCAAAUAAUUUUUAGGUACAGACACAGUUAAUGGUUAAGUGGCAGACUGAAGCUGAGCUGAAAGAAGAAUAACUGGUUAAUGAUGGCUGGGAAGAGACAGGUGUGUUUAGUCAGAGCGCUCCUCAGUGUUAUAAACAAAACAGAGCAUACACAGUUAUAAUCCCACCUUGUUGUGUGGAUGGGAUCUUUAAAAUGUUCUACAGCUCUGAGCAUUGGCUGGGGACAACUGUGCAGAAACAAGCAGGCUCUGCAUUUCAGGGGGUAACAGCAUGGGCUGUAAUUCUUCCUGGAUUAAGUUUGCUAGACCUAAACUGCCAGAAGGGGGGGAUGUCAUGUUCUUGCAGUGGUUUCUUGGGUUUUGGGGUUUUUUUUUUCCUUUUAAACGGGAGCAGCCUCACUGUACUGACCAACAGCUUCAGUCUGAGCACCCUCGCUGCCCCAGGAACCAGGCAAACUAGCUCUGGUCUCAAGGCAUCCCUCACCACAACGGUGAAUCCUGCAAGCAGCAGUCACUAGGAAUGAAUGUGGCUUAGCCAUAUUGAAGAGAUACUGCAGCACUUAAUGCUUCACAGCUGGGGUCAGAAUUGGAAAGCAGACUUGAAGCUAGAUGCAUUUGAUCCAUGUCUACGUUCAA